UGUGACAGUAGCAUCUCCAGCUCAGAGACAAGCCUCCUCUCAUUCAACUAUGUGAUCUGUUUUUCCCACACACGGACCCGCUCUCUUCUCCUCUCCUCUUCUCGUGUCCCCCCCUCUUCUUCUUCUUCUCCUCCUCCUCCUCCUCCUCGGCGCACUCAAUGCGCACCUCCCUCUCGCAAAGGAAAACCGCAUUUGUCCGGCGAAGUUACUUUCUUAAAAUAGUUGAGUUUGAAGUUUACUUUUGUUUAAAUCCUCGGACAUGACGACCAUGGCAACCGCGGCUCCUCCGGCUCUGCUCCCCGCCGCUACACUCGGGCACCACCCGGCGCCGAGCUCCGUCUCUCCGGCCACCAACUCUCCGCCACCUGCGGCCACGUCCGCCGCCUCCUCCCCGGCUCCUCCGGUGGCGCACCCGGCGCUGCUUCACCAGUUCAGGGCGGACCUCUUACUAGCGAACGGGACUCCGUUGAAAACCGGCGGAGCCCCGGUGUCCAGCAGCGCUAAGCCGGUGUACGCCACCCCGUCGCCCGUGGAGAGCACGCCACAGAACAACGAGUGCAAACUGGUAGAGGUGAAAGGUGCCAACCUGGCCUCGUUCACGGUGAAAGACACGGAGCUCAUCUGCCUGCCCCAGGCUUUCGACGUGUUUCUCAAGCACCUGGUCGGCGGGCUCCACACCGUCUACACCAAGCUGAAACGACUGGACAUUGCCCCGGUCGUGUGCAACGUGGAGCAGGUCCGGGUGCUGCGGGGGCUCGGGGCCAUCCAGCCCGGGGUGAACCGGUGCAAACUGAUCUCCAGGCAGGACUUCGAGACGCUCUACAACGACUGCACCAACGCAAGUUCGAGGCCGGGACGACCGCCCAAGAGGCUGCAGAGUGUGACAGAGGGCGGGACUCACCACCUGCUGUCCCACAGCGGCCUGAUGCAUGCAGGAAUCAUACCUCCUGCAGAUCUGUCUGCCCUGGCCAAGAAGAUCAAGUUGGAGGCGAUGGUCAGUUACCACAGCAACCAACAACAUGGCGGGCCAAACGGAGAGAACGGUGACCACAACCACAGACUGGUUCUAGAUCAGUUGCCCUUCAUGAUGAUGUCACAUCCUCUGAUUCCUGCCAGCCUGGCGCCGGCCUCCGUUUCCAUGGCAAUGGGCCAGAUGAACCGAUUGAGCACGCUGGCCAGCAUGGCCAACCUGGCGCAGCUCCACGCCAAGCCCCCUGCUAGGACUCCCACCUCCGUCAUUAAGGAGCGUGUGCUCGACAGCCCGUCCCCCUCUCCGUCAUUGGAUGAAGCGCAGAUGUCAUCCAAUCACAGCAGCAGUGUGUCCAGUUCACCGUCCCACACAGAGCGCUUUGCAGAAACCACGCACCCACAUGAUGACGGCCUGUCAUCAAGUCACAAUGUGCUUGGGCACUCACCUGGUUUGGUGCAUGUGGCCAGAGAGACAGAUGGGACCUCAAUGGAGUACAGCAAAGAGAACAAGAGGAGCCACACUGACAGAGAUAACAGCUCCUUGGCCGCUCAGACAACCAGGGAGAGCUGUGAUAGACAAGUCUACCAGAAACCCCCAUCAGGCUGUGAGAGGGUAUCUUACCCCGCAGGACAGAAGCUCCCAGCAGGUCUCCACCACACGCCCUUCAUCUUCCCGGAAGGCUUGUCCUCCAUAGAGACCCUGCUCACGAACAUCCAGGGUCUGCUGAGGGUUGCCAUAGAGAACGCCCGGGCGCAGGAGAAGCAGGACCAGAUGGAGAGGACAGAGCUGAAGAUGGAGCUGGUCCGGGAGAGGGAGCUCAGGGAGACCCUGGAGAGACAGCUUAGCAUGGAGCAGAAAAACAGAGUUCUGAUCCAGAAGCGCCUGAAGAAGGAGAAGAGGAGUAAGAGGAGACUACAGGAGGCCUUGGAGGAGGAAGUCAAACUGCGUGAUCAGGCAGAGCACACCCUGCUGCACACUGCCAACACACACACAGGCCAUCAAUCAUCAGCAGCCCCUCCUCACACAGAGUCUGUGACCCAGGACGUGGAUGGGAGCAAUCACGAUGACAACAGGCUGGACACCAAGACAACAGUACAAGACUGGAUUUCUUUCUGGAUUUCAGAGGGCAGAGUGUUCCUGCAGACCACCGGGAUGUACUGAAGACGAGGUGGAAGCGUGGACGGAUGAAUGGACGGAUGAAUGGAAGAACCGAGUGAUUAAGAUUCCUCAUUUAUGAGAGAUACAAUCGACAGGCAUGCUCGGUCGCGCAGUGGCAUCCGAGAUGCACAUCUCCGCCUCCCCGAGAGGACUCCCCGACAUUUCAAGGGUGACAUUUGAACUUUUCCAUUGUUCUCUUGUUUAAUUUAUUGCAUUUAUCCGUGAAUCUCGGCCGUAGUGGGAACAGUAUUUUAUUCUGAUGAUGUGUUUGACUGUGUUUCUUUCAACCAAGGUUUUUAGAUCCUAGAUGAAGAUGACCAUAUUUUUUUGUUUUUUGUUUUUUCCGUGCUGUUUAUCUGGACACAGGUGGCGAAUAUAACUUGUAACAGAGUUGUGUACAUAUACAAUAUAUAGUCAUCAUUUUUGUUAUUAUUAUUAUCACAAAAACAUAUUGGCAUGUUGUACAGUCAGUAAAUGACUUGUAUUGUGUAUGUUAUGCAGUAGUGCAGUUUGACAAUACAAACAAUACAAAUCCUUUUUAUUAAA